AUGGAUCAUCUGCUCGAUGCGAUAAUAGACUGUCCAAAAGAAGAUGACGAAACUAUAACGCACAUUAUUGAUUCUGGUUGGACCAAUAAGUAUAAAAAUCUUUUCAAAUGCGAAAUAAAUAAUCUCUAUAUUCAUCAGUUACUUGUUAAAGAUGGACGUUGUCAAUGUUCAGUCUACGAUACAGCGUCUUGGUGUGAAGAUGAAGAUGAAGGUUAUGCUAUAGCUCGAAAGAAGCUUUUGUUUCAAACUGUUUGUAAUGGAGCAAAUGAUCUAACUCCAAUAAAUAUUGAUGAGCAAAAUAGAACUGAUGAAACAGAAUGUGAACGAUGGCCAUGUAACAAUAUUUAUACUCGUUGUGAUAAUAUUUGGCAAUGUUCAAAAGAUGAAGAUGAAAUCGGUUGUUAUUCGUUUUCAACACUAAAUUGUUCAUCGAGUCAUCACUUAUGUGUUUCAUUCAACACCAAUCAAUUCGAAUGUUUACCAUACGACAAAGUAAAUGACAACAACAUCGAUUGUGUUGGUGGUACUGACGAACCAACAAUUUGUCGAAAACAGGUUUUUGCUCAUGAAAUUAAUAAUGACAUAUUUGCAUGCAAAAAUUCGAGUUCAAAUGUAUGUUUUACAUCAUCCAGUCUAUGUAUUAAUUACUUUGAAUGUCAAUAUGGAGAUGACGAAUUAUUUUGCACCACCGAUAGAAAUAUCUCUCGUAACCGUGGUAUUUGUUGGACAGAAGACAUGACUAGACUUUCUCAAGUUGAGCAAUUUUUAUGCGAAACAUUCAUCACGAAAAAGAAACCAGUGCUUAAAUACUUUUCAUUACUUUGAUCGACUGAAUCUAAUUCACGUCUUCAAAGAGACAAUUUUGCAAUAUCAUCAAGUAACCGUAUAGGUCAAGAU